AUGGGCGUUCUGACGAUGGAGCGUCUGCUUGUUCAAGAGCUGCCUCCCUCUCAGUGCAUCCUCAAAGAUGGGAUGCCUGAGUACUGCAUCAUCAACAGCAAUCAUCACAUUCAGACUGCACAGCAGCUUUUCCCUGGGAAGUCUUUCAAGUGGUGUUGUGACAUUGUCAAUAACAAGGUCUCAGAAGAUGACAUUCACAUCCUCACAUGGGGCUGGAACCACAUGCAUGACAAGGCUGCAGUUCACAAGGAUGAGUGGGAGGACUUCUUCCAGUACUGUGACACCCUAUGCACCAACAAGUUCUGGACCACUACUUGA